GAUGCAAUUCAACAAUGGAGGGUCCUAUAGGAGCAGACAGUGCUGAUGAGGAAUACAUGACAAUAGAUGCUGAUAAAUGGUCGGAACAUGAUGACACUUAUGAAAACGGAGAUACACUCAGUCUUGAUUUAAGAGGAAAUAAGGAUUCAAGCGGAUUUGAAUCAGGCCCUGAUUCAAGAGGACAGAAGAAAGACGGGUUGAAAAAAGAGAUAGUUUUAACUAACAGACCACCGCAAAACAACCAAAAGCCGACCACUGCACAGCCACCCAUCAGUCUACCUGAAAGAUACAUCACUAUCCGACGCCCUUCAACAGACGCAAACAGAGGACAAGGAACACCCCAAUUAGUUUUCCUCAGGCGUACUAUACUGUGUCUGAUGUUGCUGUGUAUUCUGUUACUGGGAGGGCUGCUUGGUCUGAUCUUCUACUCUAACAGUUUGUGUGAGAUACAGAUAGAACAGAUGGUCAAAAUGCUACAUGAGGAAAACCUUAUGUUGAAAAACGGAAUAGACAACUGGACAAACCUCUCCAGAUCACUAUACCAAGUUUCCAGCACAGGCAACUUUGAUUGUGUCACUGGGCAUGACCUGUUCAUACUAAAUUAUGACGUGCUUGAGCAGCAAAUGAAAAAGGGAUCGUUCCAUCUGGGUAACAAGAUCUUGGAAGCUGGAAACUGCAGCAUCCCAUUCUCAUGGAAUUGCACAGAAAUGUAACUCUACCUGGGGGCAGAAAUGAGACAUCUACAAUGUAA